UCACAGUCCGCCGCGCUAACGCCGCUAGUGACGUUCCUGAGAGGCAAAAUGCUGGGUUGGCAGAAAAGAGUCUGGACGGAUGUUUUCAUCACGAGUUUCAGCCUCCUGUCCAGCAGCUGCGGCUCUGAGCUCAGGCUAACUGCUAAACACAACUCACCAUUAAAACCAGUUCGGACCCUUAUCCUGGUUAAAGCCUGCACACACCUCUCUGUGGUUUACUUGUGCAGUGCGUGGAUCUGUUCUGCCUGUGUUCCUGCAGCUGAAACGUCAAAGGAAAGUUUCAUUAUGUGUUAAUGAGUGUCAAAGGUAGAGGAGCUACUAAGUUACAACAUCUUCCUGUGAGGUGAGCUGACGUGGGCCUCUACGUUCCUAGAGCCUGCUGGUAUGGCUCAAUACCUGAGACAUUUCACCACUGUUGGUGAUGAGCAGCCGGCUCCGUUUGAAGAAGAGCUGCAUGCGAUCAGCGAGGAGCUGAGCCCAGCCACAGGACUGUUCCCAACAACACUGACCUUCAGGGAUUCACUGAAGCGACUCUACACCUCUGAGCGGUUCCAGGUGUUGGUGGUCUGUUUGGUCAUCCUGGAUGCCAUGUUUGUUCUGGCAGAGUUGCUUAUAGAUCUGUCUGUUAUCCAUCUGGAACAUGGCCACAUUGCUCCUCAGGUAUUUCACUACCUGAGUCUGGCUCUACUCACAUUCUUCAUGGUGGAGCUGGCUGGUAAGCUUUUUGCCUACCGCCUGGAGUUCUUCCAACACAAGUUUGAAGUAUUUGAUGGUUUGGUGGUGGUGGUGUCCUUUGUGUUGGACAUUGUCUUCCUUUUCCACGAGGAUGCCUUUGAUGGGAUGGGUCUCCUCAUCCUACUGCGACUCUGGAGGGUGGCCAGAAUUAUCAAUGGAAUCCUGUUGUCAGUGAAGACCCGUGCAGACCAGAGGCUCCACAAGCUCAAGGAAAGCUACGACCACCUUGUUCAGAGAGUCACUGAGCUACAGGAGCGCACCGAUAAACUGGAACAAGAGAAACAGAAACUUGAAGCCAUCCUGAAGAAGCACGGCAUAGACUUCUAACUCAUCAAAGUAACUUCAGGGGACCUACUGUUCAAUGUCAUUUAUAUUAUGUUCCUUUCUGCACCAUUGUUUUUAAUUUACAAACUGUAUACUCCUUCAUAAACUUUUAAAGUAGACCUUAUUUCAGUAUUCCUAUUACCUGUUCACAGAAUCUUUACAUCAACUGUACAGUUGGGUGAAGGCAUUUAGUGUUAUCAUGUCAUUUAUAAUAUCAGUCAGUGUGUCCAUGGAAACCUGGAGUGAUCGAAACCAGUGAAAGUACUGCAUGUAUCUAAUGAAUGCCAAAUAUUCUGAUGCUACUGGAUGAGACUGUAAAGUUAUGAGGCCACAAAUAAUUAAAACUUUCUUUAUACUGAUAACAUGCACAUAAACCAAAAUCUACAUCUACUGAGUGACAUUGAGAAGAACUGUUCUGUUUUGUAAAAAAAAAAGAUUUAAAUAAGUGUGGAAAAUGUUUUCAUUUAUUCAACAAUGUUAAAUAAUCUUACAAAGUUUAUAUGUACACUAUUAACAGUAUUAAAUUGAUUGUACAAACAGAA